AUGAAUCUGUGGUCAAUGGCCACCGAUGGCAGCGGCUUGCGCCAGCACACCCGCCACACUGGUUGGGACGUUCGCUGGCCGACGGUGGACGGCGACCAGGUGGUCUACCAGUUGGGUGCCGAUCUGUGGCUGCACGACCUGGCGAAGGGUAGCGAGCAACGGCUGGAGAUUCAGCUGGCAUCGGACUUCGACCAGCAACGUGAGCGCUGGAUCCGUGAGCCGCUCGAAUACCUGAGCGCCGCCCACCUGUCGCCGGACGGCAAACGAGUGGUUCUCACCGCCCGCGGCCAGAUCUUCGUCGUGCCCCAUCGAGACGGCCGUCUGGUCGAGCUCGAUCGGCGUAGCGGAGUACGUUACCGCAGCGCUCGCUUUCUCGACGAUGACUCGUUGAUCGCCCUCUCCGACGAGAGCGGCGAGGUCGAGUGGUGGCGCUUCGGCGCCCGCGGCGUCGCGGCGCCCAAGCAGCUCACCCAGAACGGACGUACCCUGCGCUUCGACGGCUUGCCGUCACCAGAUGGUCGGCACCUGGCCUACUACGACCAGGACGACGAGCUCUGGUUGCUCGAUCUCGCCAGCGACGACGACAGCAGUCCCGCGCAGACCCGGAUUUCCAGCUCGCUUUACUUUGGUUUCGGCGACCUGGCGUUCUCACCCGACGGCAGCUGGCUGGCCUACGUGGUGCCGGCGGACAACUUCUUCAACCAGAUCCGCCUCUACGAGAUUUCGACCGGCCGAGACGUGGCCCUGACCAGCGACCGAUUCAAUAGCGACAGCCCGGCCUGGAGCCCGGAUGGCCGCUGGCUGUACUUCUUCUCCGACCGCCACCUCGAGUCGGUCACCUGGAACCCUUGGGGCCCCUACGCGCCACAGCCCUUCCUCGACCGGCGCACGCGGCUGUUCGCGGUCUCGCUGCAGGCCGGUGGGCGGUCGCCGUUCGCCCCGCCUACCGAGCUGAUGCCGUCUUCGACCGACGACCAGAAAGCUGACGACAAGCCCGAUGCACAUCCUCGGAUGAAGCCGGCGGAUACCAUCCGCAUCGAUCUCGACGGCCUUGCCGGGCGCCUCUGGGAGGUGCCGAUCGAGCCCGGUAACUACCGCCGUCUGGCAGUCGCCGAACGCCGCCUCUUUUGGCUGGCACGCGAUGCCCACGAGGAAGGCUCCCGGCUGCAGUCAAUACCCAUCCAGCGGCACGAUCCCAAGCCGCAGAAAUUCCUCGAUCGCUUGAUCGACUACGAGCUGUCGGCCGAUGGCAAGAAGCUCCUGCUGCGGCGCCAGAAAGGGCUGUGGGUAGUCCCGGCCAAGGCCAAGCCGCCGGAAAAGCUCGCCGAGCACCGGCUGGAGCUCGGCGGCUGGAGCUUUGCUCUCGAUCCGCGCGAGGAGUGGCGGCAGAUGUACGUCGACGCCUGGCGGUUGAUGCGCGACUAUUUCUACGAUCCGGGGAUGCACGGGGUCGAUUGGCCGGCAAUGCGCGACAAGUAUCUGCCGCUGGUCGACCGAGUGGCCGACCGUCGCGAGCUCAGCGCGGUGCUCGGCGAGAUGGUCGGCGAGCUGUCGGCCCUGCAUCACUUCGUACGCCCGGGCGACCCCCGCGAGGGCGACGACGAGGACAUCCUGCCGGCGUCGUUGGGGGCGCUGCUCGAAUCCACCCCGGAAGGCCUGCGGGUCGAGCGGCUCUACGACGGCGAUCCUGACCUACCGGAAGAGCUUUCGCCGCUGUCGCGGCCCGGAGUCGAGGUCGGCGUCGGUGAGCUCAUCGUCAGCGUCAACAGCUUGCCCACCGCGACCGUCGCCGAGAUCGGCGAGUUGCUGCGCCGGCAGGCCGGCCGGCAGGUGCUGCUAGGGGUUCGCGCUACGCCGUCCGCCGAGCUCCGCCAGGUGAUCGUCGAGCCGCUGGCGCCGCGCUCGGCAGCCCGCCUGCGCUACGCCCACUGGGAAUACCAGCGUCGCUUGCGGGUCGAGGAGCUCGGCGGCGGCCAGAUCGGCUACGUCCAUUUGCGGGCCAUGGGCGGCCGCAACUUCACCGAGUGGGCACGGCACUACUUCCCGGUAGCGCAGCGCCAGGGCCUGGUGAUCGACGUGCGGCGCAAUCGCGGUGGCAACAUCGACAGCUGGAUUCUGGGUAGCCUCUUACGCCGGCCCUGGAUGUGGUGGCAAAGCCGUACCGGCAAGCCCUAUCCAAACAUGCAGUGGUCGUUCAACGGCCAUCUGGUGGUGCUGGUCGACGAGCGCACCGCUUCGGACGGCGAGGCCUUCGCCGAGGGCUUCCGCCGCCUCGGCUUGGGCUCAGUGGUCGGCACCCGCACUUGGGGCGGCGAGAUCUGGUUGACCUCGUCGAACAUCCUGGUCGAUCGGGGGAUUGCCUCGGCGGCCGAGUUCGGGGUCUACGGCCCGGAGGGCGAGUGGUUGAUCGAAGGCCACGGCGUCGAGCCCGAUCUGGUGGUCGACAACUUGCCGCACGCCACUUGGAUGGGCGACGACGCUCAGCUCGAAGCCGCCGUGGCCCAUCUGUUGGAGAAGAUCGAGCAGCAACCGCCGCGGGUACCGCCGGUGCCGCCCUUUCCGGACAAGUCCGUGCCGGGCAACUCUGUGCCGGACAAGCCCUAG